CGUGCAUACAGUGUUGUACGGUUCGCAAAUCACCAUAACUAGAAGUACUUCAUAAACAAAACUUGCCAACAUGUCGAACGAGAAGAAGCCACUAGUAGGUGUACUAUCCAUCCAGGGAGCCUUCGAAGAGCACCAAGCGUGCUUGGAGGCAUCGGGAUGCCGGACGAAACAGGUGAGCAUCGAAAAUUGAUUUGUGUUGGGGCGGAUCGUUUUCUCUGGCGAAACAGCUCACUCAAUUGAUCCCAUGGAAUGUGCUCCGGAUUAUUGGCUUUCCAUUCUGCUUUUCGAAAACACACGGUCAAAUAAAACACCAUGAUCUUGGCUAGAUCCGGACUGUUGCAGAUAUGACAGAAGGAGGUGAAGCGCUGGACGGAAUGGUCCUUCCGGGAGGAGAAUCGACUGCUAUGGGAUUGAUUGGAACAGCUACCAAAGAAAGCGGCGGUAAAAGUGUCUGGGAUGCUCUAAGGGACUUUAUCGAAGUUGAUAAGAAGCCUACCUGGGGGACCUGUGCGGGAAUGAUCUUGUUGGCCGAACGAUGCGUCGGAGCGAGCGCCGUCAUUCAAGACGGCCAGGCACUGAUUGGGGGUAUGGACAUUUUGGUGUGCCGGAACUACUUUGGAUCACAAGUGAGCUCCUUCGAAAUGGCAACUCCUCCUCCGCCGACAAGUGGCGGUGAGGAUGGAGGCAUGGCCUCUCCUUAUCCCGGGGUAUUUAUUCGAGCUCCCGCCAUUCUGUCGGCAGGGCAGGAAGUCACCGUCUUGGGCAAGGUAGUUGCCACACCCUGCCGCCAAGCUGCAGUGGUCUUGGAAGAGCUGGAACGAAAGAUCGAAAAGGGAGAAACCGUCGUCCAGAUGGGAGUCGUCGACGCCUUGGAACGAGAUGGAUCGCAACUUCGGCACCGGGAGGUUGUGAAAGCAUCACCCUGUGAAACAGGAGAAGAGAAGAAAGAACUCGAGCAAGAUGCAUCUAUCGAGCUUCCGGGUGCUGCCGAUGGGAGCAACGCCCGCGAGGUUAUUUGUGCCGUGCGAAAGAGCAAUCUAUUGUGUACUGCCUUUCACCCCGAAUUGACAAACGAUCAUCGUUGGCAUCAAUACUUUGCACAGAUGGUGAAGGAAUCCGUUGCGUCAGCUUGAGUCGAUUGCACCGCUCUAGUACUCGAACGAUGAAGAUUCAGUUGACAGUUGGACAAAAUAGAAGAAUAAAACUUCAGUUCGUGUCGCCAUCGCGCAUCGGUGAAAGAUAGAUCUCAUCUCACACUUGACUCUUAUUUACACGAAAUUCCAAUCAUUAAAUAUUAUUUUACAAUAAAAAAUCAAGUCCUCGACUAUUAAUCUACGUGCGGAAUUCAAGUUUCCUCCACUGCAGAUUGAAAAAUUCAAUAAAUCAAUACCACUGCCACCA